AUGUGGACUAACGUAUACCUGUAUUGUUCGCGCGAAGGAGUACCGGACUCGGUCAAGAACAACAAGGAGAUUAAGCGGAAACGACUGUCGAUGCGCUGCGACUGCAAGUGGCGAAUCACCCUUUUCCAACAAGAAUCAAAACUCUGGAUUUUCCGCAAAGCCAUGAACCCAGCUUCGAUGGUCCACAACCACCCCCUUAUCUCGCCCGACGACAUCCGUCAGCCCUGGCCGGCCACCGUCUUUGACCGCAUUGCCUUCUACGCCAACCAACGCAACCUCACCACGUCCGAGACUCGCGAGCGGAUCAAGGAAGACUUUCCGGACCUUGUCUGGGACGAGCGACGGUUCUAUAAUCGACUCACCGAGGAGCGGAAACAGAUCCGGCUCCGGGAUUCUGAGAGCCGUGUCUUUUCGACCAUGGACCUCGCUGCAAGAGUUGCCAGCCUGGCCAGUGCCGACCCGUCGUUGUCGUACAAGGUCACGUCGAGUCUUGAGAACGUCUUGGUUGAGAUCUGCGAGCAGCUCCGAAUUGACCCUGCCGGUGCUGGGUCCCGCGUCUUGACAUCCCCACCUUCCUCUGCUGGCGGAGGAGGAUCUGGUGGUGUUGUUGGCGGUGGUAUGAAUGCUAACACUGGUAGUCUUGGCGGUGUCGGCUCGAUGAACAUGACGUCCCCCACAAGUGCGAGCUCUGGCUUUUGCCCUUCGUCCUCAAACUCUCCUCUCAGUCCUUCGGACUAUGUUGUCACCUACCCCGGCUGCGUCAUCUCUGUCAAGAAUACACCCAACCAAAAGGGCAGACCAUCGUCCAUCUCGUCCCCUGUGGUCGACUCGUCCUAUGGCCUUGGUCUUGGCAUGUCACCCCUGAAUGACCGCAAGCGGUCCUUGAGUGAAGAAUGCUUCACUCGCCAUGGCAUCGGUGGAUCCGGCCCCUCCGGCGCAGCCCCUUCAUUUGGAUCGGCCAUGACGACAUCUCAGAUGAUUAGUCAGCUCGACAUGUCGACCACGCCGCUGCAGGGAGCGCUCUCUGGACUGGAUUCCUCGGGCCUGUUGAUGAUGCAGAGUGGUGGCUACCAUCCUCAUGGUCAUCCACACCAGCAACACCCGCAUCAAGUCCAUCCGCAACAGCAACAACAGCAGCAGCAGCAGCAGCAACAGCAGCAACAGCAGCAGCUCUAUCAUCAGCAACAGCAGGAAUCUCAACAGCAUCAUGGUGGACACCAUCUCCCCUCGGGCAUGGCCACUGCCUUUCGUCCCGCACAGGCUCACCACCACUCCCAACAUCAGCAGCAUCAUCACCCACACCACCCUUUAGGAUCAAGCAGCGACCUCUCGUCUGCACUCGACCUUGACGCUGCCGAAGCUAUCGCUGCCUCUCGCGCCGAACCCAGUUCGUCCAUGCGCCGAACACACUCUGUCGACAUCAAGCAAGAAAUGCAGUCCUUCUACCAACCCAUGCUGGCCACCCCUCAGCUCUCGGCACCCCCUCAACCCCAACGACGCUCCGGAAGCUCCCCUGGUACUAUGAACCCCAACCAGCAUCAACAACAACAACAGCAACAGCAACAGCGUCUCUACUCUCAACAGUACACUUCUGGUGGUGCCGCAGGGUUCCCGUCCUCGAACCAGCUCGGAGACUCGGAUGAUGUCUUUAACAGUUCGGUCUCGUUCUCUGCAGCAGCGACCGGAGGUGGCGCAGCGGACCAGUACCAUUUCAGUGCUGGACAGCAUUCGUCGUCGGGAUCGUCGUCCGGUCAUCAGGGAGGCGGUGGCGGUGGUGGACACCAUUACUUGCACCCUGGAUAUGCGAACCCUCAGACCUCUGGCAGUCCUACCAUGAGCGCCGGCGGUGGUUCUUCUUCCUCUGUUGGUCCACACUAA